AUGAAGAUCAGCCUGAUCGUCCUCAACAGCCUCUUGGCUGGUGUCAUCGCGGUCCCAACUGGCUCUCAAGUGAUUCAUGAGAAACGAGAUACCAGCAAUGCUCGAUGGAUCAAGCGCGGGGAACUUGAUCCCAAUACCAAGGUUCCAGUCCGCAUCGCCUUGAAGCAAAACAACCUCGACAAGGGCAUGGACUAUCUCCUUGAUGUGUCUCACCCAGACUCUGCAAACUACGGGAACCACUACACGGCCGACCAGGUGGUCGAUCUGUUCGCACCCAGCGAGGAGUCGAUAUCGGCUGUCAAGGCCUGGUUGGUUAACUCUGGCGUUCCCGCAAAAUCGAUCACCACCUCUAAGAGCAAAGGGUGGCUUGACUUCACGACAACGUCUGGGCAGCUCGAGUCGCUGCUCCAAACCUCAUUCAACACCUAUGAUCACGUCGAGGCAAGAGAUGUCCACGUCGGCACAGACGAGUACAGUCUGCCAAAAGAAAUAUCUCAACACGUUGACUUCAUCACUCCGGGUGUUGUUUUCGCCCCUGUAAAGACGUCUUCUACAAACGAAAAGCGUGGACAAAAAUCCAUUCGCCGCGCCUCCAAGCCUCUUCCAGCCAGUAUUGCGCAGAUCCUCAAGGAAAACCCUCUUGCCACAUCGACAUGCGGCUCUGCCAUUACCCCGCAAUGCAUCAAGUCGAUGUACAACAUCACGGCUGGAACCUCGGCCACUUCCACAAACGCCCUGGGCAUUUUCGAAACGGAAGAUACCUAUGCGCAACAAGAUCUCACCUUGUUCUGGGAGAACUUUGCCACCAACAUCCCAUCAUCUACGGGGCCCAAGGUCGACGAAAUCGACGGCGCUACUGCCCCUACAAGCCCUUUCAGCGCCGGCGGAGAAUCCGACCUAGACUUCGAGAUCGCCAUCCCCAUCAUUUACCCUCAGAGCACAGUUCUCUACCAGGCUGCCGUUAAGAAUGAUGACAUCUUUAACACAUUCCUCGACGCUAUUGAUGGAACUUACUGUACCUUUUCGGAUGAUGGCGAGACGGGCGAUGACCCUACUAUUGACGGCACUACCCGAAACGAGCAGUGCGGAACUUUCAAGCCCACCAACGUCAUCUCAUUCUCGUACGGCACUGCAGAGGCUGACUACCCUACCUACUAUCUCCAGCGCCAAUGCGACGAAUUCAUGAAGCUCGGCCUCCAAGGUACGAGCAUUGUCUUCGCCAGUGGUGAUGAUGGUGUUGCUCGUCGAUCGGGCCCUUGCCUCGGCCCAAAGCAAAACAUCUUCACUCCGGGUGAGCCUGCUAGCUGCCCGUACGUGACAUCAGUUGGUGCUACAACUCUUCCGUCCGGUAAACAACCCGGCGAUCCAGAGACUGCCGUUACAUCCUUCUCUUCCGGUGGUGGCUUCAGCAACAUCUGGACCACACCAAGCUACCAAGCCAAUGCCAUAGCAUCUUACUUUGCCAGCCACGACCCUGGCUAUGCUUCCUACAACACUUCCGGCGGCGUGAUCCCCACCACUGGCGGCAUCUACAACAAGGCUGGUCGUGGCUAUCCCGAUGUUUCCGCUGUAGGUGACAAUGGUGUCGUUGUCAACCGGGAAGAGGAGGUGAUUGAAGGCGGUACCUCCAUGUCUGCGCCUCUGUUCGCUGGCAUUCUGACCCGAAUCAACGAGGAGCGUAUUGCUGCCGGCAAGAGCCCAAUCGGUUUCGCCAAUCCUGCGCUUUAUGCCAACCCCUCCAUGUUCCACGAUAUCACUGUGGGGAACCAAGCAAAGGGUGGUCCCAACGGUGAUGGAGGCGCCAGUGCUUGUGGCAACACGGGGUUUUCUGCUGUUGCUGGUUGGGAUCCAGUUACAGGACUGGGAACACCCAACUACCCUGCUUUGCUGGAGUAUUUCCUCAGCCUCUCCUAA